UUCUUAUCGCAAUUCAAAUUCGACGUUGCUUUUGCAAACUCAAACGAAAUGAAAUCGGGAUCCAUAGUAAUUGUUCUUUCGCUUCUGUUUCUGGAGGAGCUAUCUGUUGCCCGGGCAAACACAAUCCAAGGUCAUCAACGACAGGGCAAAAGGAAUGCCCAAAGCAACGAAAUCAAUUACUUUCCAAGCCUGAAAAAUAUUGCGCAAAGACUAUUGGAUAUUGAUAGCUUUGAAAUCAAUAAGUUAAGGCAGAAGGAUGAUAUCAUAUUUGGCAAAGAUAAGGAAAUAAGGGAUCUAAACGAACUCAUUCGUAGCAGGAAUACACCAAACAAUCCAUCAGUAAAUUCAAAUCUGGACCAAUGUCCAAGAAGAGGUCCCAGUGGCACGUACACAAUUAAUCUGCAAGGAUUAAAUGAACUCAACGUUUUGUGCGACGCAGAAGGCUGGAUGACUAUUCAAAAAAGAUUUGAUGGAUCCCUGUCCUUCGAUCGAAAGUGGGAGGAUUAUAAGAUAGGUUUUGGUCACAUACAGUCGGAGUUUUUCAUCGGGCUGGAAGCGAUAAAUAGAAUUACUGAACGACAUCAACACGAACUGCUCAUUAGCAUUACGGAUAUUAAUGGGCAGAGCGCCCAUGCUUUGUACGAAAAUUUCCAAAUUGGCAGAGAAAACGAAGGAUACGCGCUGAAAUCCUUGGGGAAAUAUUCUGGCUUAGCUGGAGACUUCCUUUCCCAUCAACUGCACAAAAAGUUCACCACUCUUGACAAAAAUAAUGAUGCUAAUUACAAUUUGAAUUGCGCUAGAGACGGAAACGGUGGUUAUUGGUACAAUGGAUGCAUGGACAAAAAUCUCAAUGCUAAAUACUAUGCUUCUGGGUUUCCUUGGGGCCAAACUAUGCUGAGAUCUAUUAUAAUGAUGAUAAGGCCAAAAUAAGUCUUGAAUACAAAUUGUUUGAAAAUAAAUUUAACAAAUUUACCCUUUAAGACAUUGUUAUUCUUAUCUCAUAUAUGCUUUGUCUAAAUAAAUAUAAGUCAAAACA